CUCUCUUAGCUUUGAUCUAGUGUUUGACUGGUAAUAGCCCGUGCAGUAGUCUCCCUUUAAACAACCACCCUCUCCGACUCUACUCAUUACUAUUGUCCUUAGUUUCCCACCGUCUGAAGAACUCGAAGAAAUUGUCCACGUAAAUUCCUUCCCGGAACUAUUCACAUACUCGAAUGUUUUAAGACCCCACCCCCAAUCACUACCUCAUUACUCCUUCCCUCCUCUGCAAGUAAUCUCUCUUCCUCUCUCGUCCUCCUCCCUCUCAAACACUUCCACCCUGCCUUACCACAAGAAUCAAAAAGCAAAAGAAACAAGAAAGAAUGCCAAAACUCUAUCUUCUGUUCUUUCUCUCCCUCUCUUUCCUCCCUUUCAUCUCCUCUUCAGAUGACUACAAAUCCUUCGUGUACGCCGGCUGCUCGCAGACCAAGUACACCCCUGGCUCGCCAUACCAGUUGAGUGUAGAGUCCCUCCUCACCUCCUUGUCCAAAGCCGCCGAGUCCUCCACCUACGCCAACUUCACCUCCUCCUCCGCCGAGCCGGCCUACGGCCUCUUCCAGUGCCGCGCCGACCUCCCCAUCUCCAACUGCGACUCCUGCAUCCACUCCGCCCUCUCCCAGCUCUCCGCCCUCUGCCCCGGCGCCACCGGCGCCGCCGUCCAGCUCCGCUCCUGCUUCCUCCGCUACGACAAGGAGUCCUUCCUCGGCAAGCCCGACGAUACUCUCCUCUACAAGCGCUGCGGUGGCGCCGCCGCUGGGGGGUACGCUUCCGACGUCUUUGGCUUGCGCGACGCCGCCCUCGGCUCACUCACGGCGGCGCCGCCCACCGGUGGGUCGUACCGGGUCGGCGGCGCAGGCUACGUGCAGGCCAUGGCACAGUGCGUCGGCGACCUCAGCCCCAAGGAGUGCACCGACUGCGUGGAAUCAGCGGUGGCGCAGGUCAAGGCCGUAUGCGGGUUCGCCGUUGGCGCUGACGUGUACCUCGGCAAGUGCUACCUGCAGUACUGGUCCAAUGGCGUUUACCCCUCUCGACACAAUCACGUUGACGAGACUGGAAAAACUCUGGCUAUCAUCAUUGGGAUCUUGGCUGCAGUCGCCCUCAUACUUGUGUUCCUCUCCUUCAUUAGACGAGCCGGAGGCAGUGGCAAAUACUAAUGGACUCUGACAUCGUCGGUGGCAAUUGCUUUGAGAGGCCUCGUCUCAAUCCUACCUUUUUUUUUUCUUUCUUUCUUUCCUUUUUCUUUACACCAAUCUAGCUUUCUGGGGUUCUUUUUAUAAUAGUUCCUCAAAGAAGAGCGAAGCCUUUCAGAAGGGGGAGUGGGGUGGAUGAGGAGAGAAUGUUUUCCUUGAAGUAGGUGAGAAAGUAGCCAAAACGGAGAAGAUUCCAAACUCCCACCAAGAAGGGAUGCCAUGUAUGAAUAAACUGCAUAUAGUUGUUCCUUCUAAUUAUUCGCUCAUGGCUAUAGAUGGCUCUCUUCUAGGUCUUAUGAUGUGUCCAUUAUGCUCUUGUCUCUUGGGUGGGUGGUUUGUGGAAGGGUGCAAGGGUUGGUGACUUGAAUUGAUGUGCAUGAGUGUUGUUUUAAAUUAUAAAAAAAAUAUGUUUGUUCUUUG